UUCCAUCUGCAAGAGAAGUGGGGGGGCGGCUCAGCCCAGUGUCCCCAUGUCCCCACCCAUGUCCCCAACCCCCCUGGUGCCCCCAUGUCCCUACCAAUGCCCCCAUGUCCCCACCAGUGUCCCCAUGUCCCCCAAAAUGAGGGGACCCCCCCCAAACCCACCUUGAGCUGUGUGAAGACCUGCCCGUCGUUGUCCUGCAGGCACCUGGGAGGGUAAGAGGGACUGCCCUGGACAUGUGGGACAUGAUGAUCUCCACACCCCGGCCUCUGAAGAAGAUCUUAAAAGACUUGCGCAAAAGACUCCUGGUCAUAGACUCCAUGUUUCCCAAAGGCGUCAUCAGUGGGUCAGAAAGUCCUGACAUGGCAAGAAAAAUACAGUCCCUCCUGCCGCAAGUCAUGGGGUUGCUCGACUACAGCAACACAGAAAUGAAAAGGAAAGUCCUGACAUUCUUCUGCAGCGUGAUGGGACACCUGAAGAGGGAAGAGGCUAGACCCACUGUCGAGCAGCUGGAGGAAAAGCUCCUGCCCCUCUUUGAUGAUGAGUCCAGCCAGCUGCGAGAGCUCUCCAUCUGCCUGUUCAGAGAGCGGGUGCAGUCAGUGAUGGUGCACAACAAGAAGAGGAUUAAGAGCUACGUGCACCGUGCACUGCUCCCCCUCUUCUUUCGUUUGAGCGAUCAGAGCAACAACGUGGCCAAGGUACAGAUUUCCACGCUGAGCACUGAGGCAGAGAGGGGUGUGCUGACAGCACACAGGUGGCCUGGGCACCAGGGGACAGGGCUGCUGGCAACUGGCAGCCUCCUCCAGCCCAUAGGAAGGGUCCUUACAGACCCAGCACGAGUAGCGGUAGAAAAGCUGCCAUGGCCAUUUCCACCACCUGCCAUAGCUGGUCUCACAGGGCUCAGCAGCAGCCUGUGGCCACCGAGGCGUGAACAGGCGCAUCCCUACGGGCUCCUCAGCUGUCCCUGCAGGUGCUGGGUCUCGAGCUUUGAGCCUCAGUCCCUGUCCCCCAGGGCUGUGCCCAAGAGAGCCCCAGCUGUUUGGGCCAGGGCAUGUCGCUGCCCCCAAAGGGCAGGUGCUCCAGAAACAAAGCCAAGAAUGGGGGUACGCCAGGUCUCCUUAUGCAGACUGUGGGUGCCAUGUCCCAUCUUCUGCUGUUCCGCAGGCCGCCAGGGAAGCCCUCCUUGGUGCAGCAGAGCUCCUGAAAUGGAAGCAGCUCAAACACCUAGUGCGGACUCAGCAGACAUGGAGGAUUGGAGAGAGCUUGGUGAGAACAGUGAAGGCCCAGGCUGACUGAGGGCUGCCCCACAUAUCUGUGCUGUGGGCUCUGCAGAUGUGCCUUGCCCGCCCUGCUGCAGCCCCGAGCUGCACCCUUGUUCCCUGUCCUCAAGAACAGAACCCCCAAGGGCUCUUCCCUCUGCCCCACUCGCGGCGGGAAGGAGGACUCUCAGCACCCCUGGGACCACUCUGCCUGUGUCUGUCUCUCAGCCUCAGCCCAACAGGUCUACUGGCUGGGGGCAGGAGUGGCCUGCGGGGAAAGGGAAACCUGGGUUACUGGGAGGUGGGACUGGUCCAGCCAGCUCAGGGUGGGGUGCAGACAGUGACAUGCUCACACCCUUGUGCUCUCUCUAGCUGGAGCAGAACAGGAGCAGGGCUCAAGAGUUCUUGAGUCAGAGCCUGCCAUACCUGAGGGAUGCUCAGGCCAGCUUGCGAGAGGUGGCCGUGAGGUUCAUCGGUGAGUCACAGCCCCAGGGUCCCUCUCUUGGCAGCCUGGCCACAGUCCCCACUGCUGCCCUGGCACAAGGAGCAGCCCUGUGGCUUCAGAGCCCCAGCUGCCCUGUGCAGGGCCUUGGC